CGUCACUGGAGACUGGGGCAACAUUAGCUCUAAGCAAACCCCACAGCGGGAAUCCAUGGCGACACUUCUCUAUCUCUGCCCCACUGUGUCUCCCCCACUACAACUCUACCACCGCCAAUUUUAUAAUCCCGUCUCUUUCUACCGACUGAGGGCGGAAAUAAACCCUGAAGUAAACACGGACCUUCCCGAGAACUAGCAGCGCCAUUGGCUGAGAGCAAGAACCGCCGCCAGUCACUUUCCUGACGGACGGAAGCCUCAACCAAUCGGAGAGCGCGCUGCUUAUUAGGGCUGAAGCCGGAAGUGAAAAGCGGGGCAACUGCAAUGUUCUUGGUGGGCCUGACUGGUGGGAUAGCUUCAGGGAAGAGCACGGUUGUGUCCAUUCUACGGGAACUCGGCUGCGCUGUCAUCGAUGCUGAUCUCAUUGCCAGGCAAGUGGUCCGUCUCGGCACCCCAGCGUACGCCCAGAUUGUGCAGCAUUUUGGGGAUGGGGUGCUGCUGGUGAGCGGGGAGCUGGACAGAGAAAAGUUGGGCACCAUUAUAUUUUCUGAUCCGGAGAAGAGAUGCGUGUUAAACUCCAUCACUCACCCGCAAAUCCGCAGAGAGAUGUUGAGACAAACACUCCAGUACUUCUUCCUAGGCUACAGGUACGUGAUCCUCGACAUCCCAUUACUGUUUGAGUCCCGGAGUAUGACACGCUAUAUGAAGCACACCAUGCUGGUAUACUGUGACCCACAGACGCAGCUGGAUCGGUUAAUGCGGAGGAACAGCCUUUCCCGGGACGAGGCCACGAAACGCAUUGCUGCACAACUCCCAUUGGACAGCAAACUGCCCUUAGCCGAUCACGUCAUUAACAAUUCAGGGGACAGGGAGAGCACUCGACGGCAGGUCCUGCAGCUCCACUCUCGGCUCCAGUCCUCGCUCGCUUACCUUCCUGUCAGGAUUGCUGCCGUUACCAUGGCCACAGGACUGGUAGUUUUAGCUUGCGGCCUUCUCCGAAGACUCUGGUAAUGAAGGCGGUAGAACGUUAACCUCAAUGGAAAGCACCACAACCUAGCAAUGUUUUCCUGGGUCAGUCCCUUGUAGGGUCAGAACAAGUUUUUUUUCAGCACAUAAUUUAAAAAAAUUUUUUUUUAAAAAUGUAUUUUAGAUUUUAACCAAUGAAUGCCCUGAUUGUAGUUAAUUCUGCCUAUGAAGGGGCAAAGCAAUGCAUGAUAUAAAGCUAAACUGCACUGAAAAGCAACCCCCCCCUCCAAGUUUCAGCUCAUACACGGAGCUGUAAUGUUAUUAAGAGAGAUGGAACAGCUGGCAUCCAUGGUUUCAUUGAUGGUGAUUGUUCAGCCAUUGCUGUAAAGCAAUCCCGUGCAUGGCCAUGAGCUGCUGUUAUAUUCACUUUUAUGUAAAUGAAGCCGUAGAGAUUUCCUACUCUGAUCCUGGGAUGGUUUUUACCUGGGGCAAGAGUCAUCCAAAAAUAGGUGCCCACUUUCAGUUGCAAUAAGGCGUUGAAGUUGGAAACUCUUCAAAAACAUUCUUAGAUGUGGGAGAUGCACACUAACGUGGGGUUCAAGAUACUUUGUACCCCAAGCCAGUGUGACCCAGGCUGCUUUCUCAACCCCCAGCCAGCCUGGUGCCCCUCUUAUCUCUGCAGAGAAUCGGCAAAAACUAUGCAUAAUGGAGGGGGGGGAUCUGCUGCACAGACCCAAAUUCUUUAUACUGAAAUGAAAUUGUAUUUAUUGAAUAAUGUUUCCUCUGAAAAGGGCUGAAUAUAAUCCCUAGUGUAUAUGCACUGUUGCUAUUUUAUUAUCUAGAUAAUAAGGGGGAGGGGAGGGAAGGGUGCUACAAAUAGCCCUCUCCAGAAAUCAUUCAAUCAAUGGGGGUUCAACCCUGUAUUUUAAAUACUUUGAAGAUGAACUUUUUACAAUAACCAUUAUAAUAAAAAUAUCAUCCUUU